AUGGUUUUCUCCGCAAUGUUGACAUCUGCCCACUCUAGGACAUUGAAUGCUACUUUUAUUGUCUAUGAAAACGCCUAUAUGAAUUUUACCACUCCCCAAUUUUUGCUUCAUAGUGGCACAACACAGCCAUUGAAUCACAGUUCAGGGGCCAUGGUCACCACUGAGAUAAGUACUUUACUAGUGAACCCUACAGCUAUCCUCCCAACACAAGAAGUUUUCAAGAGCUUGAGUCUGCCACUCCAGAUCAUUCUUUCUGCUGCUAUGAUAUUUAUACUGUUGGUUUCUUUUCUUGGAAACUUUGUUGUCUGCCUCAUGGUCUACCAGAAAGCUGCCAUGCGAUCUGCAAUUAACAUUCUCUUAGCAAGCCUGGCUUUUGCAGACAUGUUGCUUGCAGUGCUGAACAUGCCUUUUGCUCUGAUAACCAUCAUUACGACGCGAUGGAUUUUUGGAGAUCUCUUCUGCAGAGUCUCUGCCAUGUUUUUCUGGCUGUUUGUCAUAGAGGGAGUGGCCAUCCUACUCAUUAUUAGCAUUGAUAGAUUCCUUAUUAUAGUUCAGAGGCAAGAUAAGCUGAAUCCUUACCGUGCAAAGAUCCUCAUUGCUGUUUCAUGGGCUGCAUCCUUUGUUGUGGCUUUUCCAUUAUCUGUGGGGAACCCAAACCUGCAGAUACCUUCUAGAGCACCUCAGUGUGUUUUUGGCUACACCACUAGUCCUGGCUACCAGGCGUAUGUAAUACUAGUUGUACUAAUUUCUUUUUUUAUUCCAUUCAUGGUGAUGCUAUACUCUUUUAUGGGCAUACUCAAUACCGUACGCCACAAUGCAGUUCGUAUCCACAGCCAUCCCGACAGCAUAUGCCUCAGCCAGGCUAGCAAGCUUGGUCUCAUGAGCCUUCAGAGACCUUUUCAAAUGAACAUUGAUAUGAGCUUUAAAACUCGUGCCUUCACAACCAUAUUGAUUUUGUUCAUUGUUUUCAUAGUCUGUUGGGCACCCUUCACCACCUACAGCCUUAUUGCCACAUUCAACAGUCACUUUUACCACAAGCACAACUUUUUUGAGAUAAGCACUUGGCUCCUUUGGCUCUGCUACCUCAAGUCUGCACUGAACCCGUUGAUUUACUACUGGAGGAUUAAGAAAUUUCAUGAUGCAUGCUUAGAUUUAAUGCCCAAGUACUUCAAGUUUUUGCCACAGUUUCCUGGUCACACAAGAAGACGCAUUCGGCCAAGUGCCAUCUAUGUGUGUGGGGAGCACCGGUCGGUCGUGUAA